UGUCUUUCUCCUUCUUCUUCUUCUUCUUCUUCUUCUUCGUUGCGUUGCGGCUAUGGCGGUGGUUCUCGGGAACGUGGCUCUUAUACUUGACGUUGGCCCGCACCGUACGGUGGUUACUGAUCGGAGAAUCCGUCCGGCGUUGGUUGACGUUGUUCUGAACUUGCCGAAGAGAGACUCUCACGCUUACUACGCCGCUCUCUCCAACAAGCCUCUGGAAUCGGACGGCGAGACUCGGAACCUUAGAUUCUUGACUCGCGGAAAGGCGAAUUCCAAGGUUAACGCCGUCGAUUUCGACGCCGGGUCCAGCGAAGAGGAGAGUGAAGGUAACGGUGGUAACGGGAAGGAGACCGAUGAGGAGGAAGAACCGUACGAUUGGGAGAAAGAGAUGAAGAGGAGAGCCAAAGAGCUUCAGGAUAUGAAGGAGCUGGAGAGGAAAGCGGAGGAGUUGCAGAAUAAGAUCGAGGAUGAAGGAGAAGAGACGGAGGAGCAAAAGAAGAUGAGAGUGAAGAUAGAGCUCGAAAAGGUGGCACAAGAGCAGGCAGAGCGGAGAGCCACGGCAGAGUUGAUGUUCGAAUUGGGUCAAAAGGCUUACGCUAAAGGCAUGUAUGGGCGUGCCAUCGAGUUCCUCGAAGGCGCCCUUACGAUUAUCCCCAAGCUUACCCUUUUUGGCGGUGAGAUUCAAAUUUGGUUAGCAAUGGCCUACGAGGCCAAUAACCGUCACGCUGAUUGCAUUGCCCUUUAUCAGCAACUGGAACGGAAGCAUCCUAGUCUAAGCAUCCGACGUCAAGCUGCAGAACUCCGGUAUAUUCUUCAAGCUCCUAAGCUCAAGAUAUCUCAGGAGGAAAUGGUUACCAUACCUCUGAUCGGUUCGAGUUACGACAGCUAUGCCGGGACGUGGACGGACAAGAACAAGGAUAAAGACAGAAGAAUGAGCGGAUCGACGACGAACCAGCUGAACUCAACUCGGGACUUUCUGGGGGAACUGUUGGUAUGGAAACCGCCGGUUGGGUUGGAGAAAAACCGAACCUUUUGGCUUGCUAUGACGCUAUGGUUCUGCUUGGUCGGAGCAGCAGUCUUCCUACAAAGAUAAAGACCUCCAAAAAAGGAAAGAAAGUGGAAAGCCUUUUGAUCGUUUUGAUUCUCGUUUCCCUUCUAUAUAUUGUAAUUAUUUUUGUUUGAUUCAAUGUAAAUCUGUAAAAAAAUAAAUCAUUUGGCAUGUAAUGGCAGAAUUAUCAUCUCUUUCAAUGACAUGAACUCCAUGAAUCCAUGAGAUGAUGAAUUCGACCUACUUUUGCUUUCUUCUCUUCUA